AAUUUGGUAUGGUAAAGAAAAAUUCCGAACAUUCUGGGACGAUCAGAGGGUCUCAAAGAUGGGAACACAUUAUACAAGCCGUUUCUGGCUAGUGGUAAACAACUCAACGAGUGACAUGGACAUAGCCCUCUUCUCGCCGUCGUCGCUCUUUGCCGCAGACGGUGACUCCUCCGAUGGAGAGACGACGGAGACGAGACAAAGCUUCGUUGAGAGAAAUCAUCAGUUUCCUGGAAUUGAAUUGCAAAUCCGGGAAUUUGGUUUCCACCAGCUGAAUGCAAACUUGCUGUGGCCAGGUACAUUUGCCUUUGCUGAUUGGUUAGUGCAGCAUCGACACUUGAUCCAAAGGCGGCGCUGUCUCGAGAUAGGAAGUGGCACAGGGGCACUAGCUAUAUUUCUUAAGAAAGAGUUCGAUCUCGACAUAACUACUUCAGAUUACAAUGAUCAAGAGAUUGAAGACAAUAUUGUUCAUAACUGUAUUGCAAACAAGAUAAUCCCUUCUCUGCCUCAUAUCAAGCAUACAUGGGGCGAUGAAUUUCCAAUCUCGGAACCAGAUUGGGAUUUGAUCAUAGCCAGUGAUAUCCUUCUAUAUGUGAAACAGUACCCAAACUUGAUAAAGUCUCUGACUUUUCUUCUCAAAACCUACAAACCAACCAAUGUCGUUAGUCCAGCAGAAUGCAAGCUAAAUGGAGCAGACACAGAACUGCCUCAUCCUGUGUUCUUAAUGAGCUGGAGACGAAGAAUUGGGAAAGACGAUGAGUCUCUAUUCUUUACUGGUUGUGAAGAAGCUGGCCUGGAGGUGAAGCAUCUCGGAAACCGAGUUUAUUGCAUCAAGCUUAGAGAUAGUAACCUCUGAAGAAUAGAUUGAAAAACUAUUUGGGAUAGACGUAUUACUGGUUGGGGGGUUUGUUACUCUCGCAGCUUUCUUGUAUUUGCUUUUUGGGUCAAAGUUAAGAUGAAAUGAGAUACCGUUACAGCCUUACAGGGUUGCCCGCGCAAUCAUUCCAUUAGUUUGUAACUAAAGUUUCGUCAAAGUUACUGUAUUUCAUUCUAGUAUAGUAUAACAAGAGGAAAACUUAGUUACCAA